AUGAGAGAAUCCAAUGCUAGUGGAAUUGAAAUUCUUGCCAGUACAGAAAAUGCUCCUAAGCCACUACUCGGAAUGAAAUUUAAUACUUAUGAAGAAGCUUAUAACUAUUAUAACCAUUACACAUUGUUGAUGGGUUUUGGAAUAAGGAAGAGCACGGUAAAUUAUUUGAAGAAGACAAGAGACGUGCUGGACAGAAAGUUUGUUUGUGAUAAGGAGGGUUAUAGAUCUAAUAGAGACAAGAUGGAGAUGCCUUUUCGGCGAGAAACCCGAGUGGGAUGUAAGGCAAUGAUGAGAGUUAAAGUAUUGGAGGACAAAUCGUGGGAGGUCACAGGGUUUGUUGAAGAACAUACAAAUCAUGUGUUGAGUAGUCCAGACAAAGCAAAGAUGCACAGAUCACACCAACAAUUCCAUAAAUCUCAAAGUUGUAAAAUACUUAUUGAGAGUCUGCAAGAAGAAGGUAUGCCUCCAUCCAUUAUUUCUCGCGUCAUUAACGCAACCACUGGAAGAGAAGGCGAAUUAGUGACACCACAACAGUGUAUUAAUCACAUCAGAUACCAGAGAGUCAACAAUAUUGGCCAUGAAUGCAUAUCUAUCAUAAAACACUUUCAGAGUAUGACAGCGAAUGAUCCAGAAUUCUAUUUUGAAAUAGAAGUGGACAGUAGUGGACAAAUGAGGAGUGUUUUCUGGGCUGAUGGAAGAUCAAGAGCGUCUUAUUUGCAAUUCAGUGAUGUUGUUGUGUUUGAUGUGACAUACAGAACUAAUAAGUUCAGUCUUCCAUUUGCUCCAUUUACUAGUGUGAAUCAUCAUAGACAAUCCACUUUACUUGGUUGUGCAUUAUUAGCUGAUGAACAAGAAGAUAUUUUUGUGUGGUUAUUUGAAGAAUGGCUGAAAUGCAUGCAUGGGGUUGAACCAGGUGCUAUUAUAACAGAUCAGGAUAGAGCCAUGUGUAAUGCUAUUCACUCUGUGUUUCCACUGACAAGACAUCGUUAUUGCUUUUGGCACAUGCAAAAGCACAUUACUGAUCAUUUGCCUACUUUGGUUUCUCGUUAUGGUGAAUAG